AUGGAUCUUAAAAACGGAUCUGUAGUGACUGAGUUUAUUGUACUAGGAUUUUCUGGACAAUGGGAACUUCAGAUUUUCUUCUUUGUAACAUUCUCCUUGAUCUACAGUACUACUGUGUUGGGAAAUAUUCUCCUUAUGGUCAUAGUGACAUUUAGUUCCACUCUUCAUUCUCCCAUGUACUUCCUCCUUGGAAACCUCUCUUUUCUGGAUAUGUGUCUCUCCACUGUCACCACACCCAAAAUGAUCAAUGAACACAAGACCAUCUCCAUAUGGGGCUGCAUGACCCAGAUGUUCUUUAUGCACUUCUUCGGGGGUGCUGAGGCGACUCUUUUGAUAGCAAUGGCCUUUGACGGAUAUGUAGCCAUAUGCAAACCCCUGCACUACAGGACAAUCGUGAGCCACAGGCUGCUGAGUGGGUUUGUGAUAUUUUCAUGGACAACUGGGUUUGUACACACCAUGAGCCAGAUGGUACUAACAGUAAACUUGCCUUUCUGUGGCCCCAAUGUCAUAGACAAUAUAUUUUGUGACCUUCCCCUUGUGAUUAAGCUUGCUUGCAUGGACACAUAUACCCUGGAAUUCUGCAUUGCUGACAGUGGGCUGCUCUCAUUCAUCAGUUUCAUCCUCCUGCUUGUCUCCUACACUGUCAUCCUGAUCACUGUACAACAAGGAUCACCUGGAGGGCCCUCUAAGGCUCUGUCCACACUGUCUGCAUACAUCAUUGUGGUCACUCUGUUCUUUGGACCUUGUAUCUUUAUCUAUAUCUGGCCAUUCAAUAGUUUUGCAGGCAAUAAAGUCCUUGCUGUAUUUUACACUGUUAUCGCACCCUUACUGAAUUCUAUUAUUUACACCCUGAGAAAUCAGAAAAUGCAAGGGGCCAUGAGAAAAUUACGGUUCCAACAUGUUAUCUCUACACAGAACAUCUAG